AUGUCCGCUUCACCAAAUUCAGCUGUUCCAUCUACCAAACGUCCUCUUGAGGAUCCGUCUUCGCCCUCCGGUCCGACCGAUCAACCAGACGCCAAACGUCAAGCGCUAGCUAAAGUGGUUAAAGGUGAUGGAGAGAAAUCUGACGAAAACAACGUGAAGACGGAGGCUAGUAAGGCCGAGCCUGCUACCGAAGACGAUGGCUCAGGCCAGAAUAAUACUAAAGAUGGUCAAGGUGAUUUAGUCGUUCCCGAUGCCCCCCAUAAUGGAAAGCCCUCUCAAGGCCUUCCGUUGGAAACACAACCUAUUCAAUCUACAGCGUCGCACAACGAGCCAGUGCCUCAAGCUUCUGGUCAGGCUCACGGAACACAGGAUGAGACCGGGUUUAUCCACAUUCGUGCUGUUAUUUCCAGUGCUGAGGCGGCAACCUGUAUUGGCAAAGGGGGAGAAAACGUUUCCCAGAUCCGUCGCCUUUCGGGUGCCAAAUGUACUGUUAGCGAUUAUACCCGCGGGGCUGUUGAAAGGAUUUUAACAGUCAGCGGCCCUCAAGACGCUGUUGCAAAGGCCUUCGGACUGAUCAUUCGCACUUUGAAUAAUGAACCUUUAGAUGCACCCUCUACAGCUCAGUCUAAAACCUACCCCCUUCGACUUCUCAUUCCCCAUAUCCUCAUUGGUUCCAUUAUUGGUAAAUCUGGGGUUCGCAUUCGCGAAAUUCAGGAACACUCUGGAGCCAGACUGAAUGCCUCGGACUCUUGUCUCCCUCUAUCUACUGAAAGAUCCCUUGUUAUUCUUGGUGUUGCUGACGCUGUACAUAUUGCCACCUAUUACGUUGCUGCGACCUUAGUGGAGCAGCUGACAGAACGAUUUGGCGGACCGGCUGCGUCUGCAUACGCUACUCGUACCGGUGGACCUGCUGGUGUUGUUCCCGGCGGCAUGCAGGUAGUUCCUUACGUUCCCCAGCCCGCUGGUGGACAGUAUGGACAUCCAGAUAACUUUAAAAGACACCCGCAAGCGAAUCGUGCGGUGUCCACUGGCUACGGCAUGCCAUACAUGGCAGGACCUGGUGGCCCAAGCCCACACGCGAUGCAGCAGCCAAUUCAUUACAAUGCAUCACCCCGUCAAGGUUAUACUGGGGCAGGCCCGCACCAGCCUGCUCCCUAUGGUGGGCCCCCCCAGCCUCCCCACGCCAGCCAUGUGCCACCUGCGCAGCCAAUGGGUGGUCCUGUUGCCGGGGGACCAUUGACGCAGCAAAUUUUCAUUCCUAAUGAUAUGGUUGGAGCUAUCAUUGGCAAGGGAGGCGCUAAGAUCAAUGAAAUUCGUCAUCUGAGUGGAAGCGUUAUCAAGAUCAAUGAACCUCAGGACAACAGCAAUGAACGUUUGGUGACUAUCACUGGAACUCAAGAGUGUAACCAAAUGGCGCUUUAUAUGCUUUAUUCAAGACUUGGUGAGUCUAGAUGA